AUGGAUAACUUGGAAGGGAUGCUCCUGGUCCCUCCGGAUCGAGGCCAGAUACUUGGAAGAGCUGUUUGGAAGGUUAGUCUCUUUUAUCGCGCUACUCUAUUUGUCACCCGAACUCACAAUCAUCUGAAAAAGCUGCGAUAUGUUGUCGUUGGUAGACGUAACAUCAGAGGUGGCCCUAGUCAGUCACAGUUUAUCCCCAACGGUCGCAACAACAGUCUUGGGGGCAGUAUGAAGCUCCUGAGUAUCUUGCCCGAUGUCUUCCAGCUGACCCUAUUGCAAUUUCAGGACGACAAUGAGCCAAUCCAGCAAUGGCCAGUGAACUCUAUCACCGAUUGCCAGGUCCAGCAGAUCAAUCAUCGCAAACAGGGUCCCGUUCUUCCUACUCUCGUCAUCUCCGUUGCCGACAAAGAAAAGAAGCGACGUUCGAGCCGGGCUGCCGGUCUCAUAUCAUCGAGCAAAGAAGCUAGUGCAACGACCCUGUGGUUUCGCACGCCUCCAGACGAUCAUCAUGUCAGUUUACAUGAGUGGGCACGCAACAUUCUUGCUCGAAAAUCUCCGAUGAGUCCAGAGAGCCCAAUGUCACCCCAGUUCUCCAAUCCCUUUGCCUCGAUGUCCCGCGAUGCCUCCGAUUAUUUCUCCCGGCCGACUAGUGGUAACAAAUCUGGCCGCUCUGAUCCACGGAGUCUCCAACAUAAGAGCUCUAUCAACACCCAAUCAACAACUACUACAAACACCACCACCAGAGAGCGGCCCCUCACAUUCAGUUCCGAAUCUCCAAGUUUACGAUCAAAACGCAGUGAUGUCUCGUCUCCUUCAAGCAACAACUAUCCAAUUCAGCAGAUGAAUUUCCCGAUUCCUGGGCAGCACUACACUACGGUCCUUCCAACUGAUUUGCCAUCCCCAGUCAACACCACUGGAGAUUAUCAGGGGGAAUUCAUCGAGGGGUGGACCUCUGCGCAAGGAAGAUCAUCCACAAUGAGCUCGCCAAUCCGCGGUCGCGGCAGUAUUGGCUCUCAGCCGCCACAUCCAUCUAUCGCUGCGAUAGAGUCAAGCUCUCCACCUGGGCCACGUGAGACCAUCUUGGACAGAGCGUUUCAGAUGCGAUGCAUUCCUGGCUCAGAGCGAGAGGUGCCUGGCGAGGAGAAGUUGAGCUCGCUAGCUCGAUUUGAUGCAUUGAUGCGAGAAGCUGACGACAAAAUGAAACAGAGGGCAGAGGCCGAACGAGCCCAACAAUUAGCAAUGCGCAGUGCUUUCGAAGCCUCUGACAGUUCUAGCCAGGAUGAUGAUAGCGAUUCGGACGAUUUAGAUGAGGAUGCGUAUGGAGGGGUCCCUGAUCGACGAGGUCCGGCCUUGAUACCUUCGACAACACAGAGGGCAUUGCAGUUCAUUGCUGAUCGUCGUGACCCAGCACCGUUAUCGCCAUCUAGCCGUUCUUCAGUAUCGAGGACUCCGAUAAUACCCCAGCCACCUCCUAUACGACCGCACACUGCACAUGCUAAAACGAGGCCGAACCCCACACAGAGGACCAACAGCACCCCUCAAAUGAUUGCCAACAUGGCCAGGCUGGAAUUGACUGCACCCCCAAGCAUGGUGUCUGAUGAUUCCUCAUUGAGAUCGAACGGAGACAAGCGUCUCUCUACUUCAAGCACCGCUACUAAAAGGUUGAGUUUCACCGAAUUUACCAAAAGACUAUCGAGCACCAGUAGCUUACUGUUCGUCCAGACGAACGCUAGUGGGAGGAGUUCCCGGAGAAGCAGCGAGGUCGACCUCCAGCCCUCGCCCCUACCAUGUGGGACACUAAAUCCAGAAAGAAUUGUAGUGCCCAAGCGAGACCGAGAUCGAGACCAGAACUCUGGUGAUAUCACCGCCAGAUGUGGAUGGCGCAACAGUGUUGGCGUUGUCAGCAGAGAUGGCACCUUCUUCUGA